UUUUUAAACGUUGUGUAUUGUGUGAUUUACGUGAAACGCCCUUGCAGCAUCGCGAGACUUCCUGCACUGUGCCGGAAACCCGCAGCAAGAAGAAGACACGUCACUGAGGUCAGACGGGAGGAAAGAUGGCGAGCACCUAUGCCAGUUUUAACUUGCAUACCACACCAGAGAGGUUUUACAUAGAGGCCUGUGAUGACGACUCAGGCGAUGUCUUGGCCAUUGACAGGGUGUCAACUGAGAUGACACUCACAGUGAGGAGGGACAUCCCUGCAUCUGCCGAGACCAGACCAAUAUGUGGGCUCAUGGGGACCAUACGCUUGGUGGCAGGCAUGUACCUGAUUGUCAUCACCAAGAAGCAGAAAGUGGGAGAUUUGUUGGGCCAUGCUGUGUGGAAGGCUCUAGACUUUGACAUAAUUUCCUAUAAGAAGACAAUUCUGCACCUGAGAGACAGCCAGAUGCAAGACAACAAGACCUUCCUGUCAAUGAUAAAGAAUGUCCUCCAGACUGAUGGGUUCUACUUUGCCACAGACUACGAUUUGACCCACACCCUGCAGCGCCUGGCCAACACCAGCCCUGAGUUUCAGGAGAUGAGCCUACUGGAGAGGGCGGAUCAGCGUUUUGUGUGGAACGGCCACCUCCUAAGGGAAUUUAUUGCUCAGCCAGAGUUACACAAGUUUGUGUAUCCUGUUGUCCACGGCUUCAUCAUCAUGAAGUCAAGCUUUAUCAAUGGUAAGACGUUUGAUUGGAGUAUCAUCUCCAGGAGGAGCUGCUUCAGAGCCGGUGUCCGUUACUACGUUCGAGGAAUCGAUUCCGAGGGCCACGCUGCUAACUAUGUGGAAACAGAGCAGAUAGUGCAGUACAACAGUGCCAAGGCUUCGUUUGUUCAGACAAGAGGGUCCAUCCCAUUCUACUGGUCUCAGAGGCCAAAUCUCAAGUACAAGCCUAAACCACAGAUCAACAAGUCAGUCAACCAUUUGGAUGGAUUCCAGAGACACUUUGACUCCCAGAUUAUUCUUUAUGGAAGACAAGUGAUUUUGAACUUGAUUAACCAGAAGGGUUCAGAAAAGCCCUUGGAGCUGGCGUUUGACAAGAUGGUGACCAGCCUGGGUAACGGCAUGAUCAAAUAUGUAGCCUUUGACUUUCAUAAGGAGUGCAGUCGGAUGAGGUGGCACCGCCUGCAACUACUGAUGGACUUGGUCGCUGAUAUGCAGGAUGAUUUUGGGUACUUCCUGGUGGAUGCAGAUGGGAACAUUUUGUCAAAUCAGGAAGGAACAUUCCGCAGCAACUGCAUGGACUGCCUGGACCGGACCAAUGUGAUCCAAAGUCUGUUGGCCCGGCGAUCGCUGCAGUCACAGUUACAGAGGAUGGGUGUCCUGCACAUGGGUCAGCGAAUAGAGGAGCAGUUGGACUUUGAGAAGAUGUACAAAAGCGCGUGGGCGGACAACGCUGAUGCGUGUGCCAAACAGUACGCUGGGACUGGUGCCUUGAAGACAGACUUCACUCGGACAGGAAAGAGAACUCAGUGGGGUCUGAUAAUGGACGGCUGGAACUCCAUGAUCCGAUAUUACAAGAACAACUUCUCUGAUGGGUUUAGACAGGAUUCCAUUGAUCUGUUCCUGGGUAACUAUGCUGUGGAGGAAACUGAUUGGACAGCUCAACUGUGUGACUCCAAAGACUGGAAGUUCCUGACGUUACCCAUCAUCAUGGUGGUGGCUUUCUCCAUGUGUAUUAUCUGCCUGUUAAUGGCUGGCGACACAUGGACGGAGACACUGGCCUACGUUCUGUUCUGGGGUUCAGCCAGCGUAGCGACUUUUGUCCUGAUCAUGUACAACGGGCGUGACUUUGUAGAUGCUCCUAAGUUGGUUCAAAAGGAGAAGCUGGACUGAAUGUGUGUGUGUGGAAAGCAGCUCGGCCCUGGCGAGCUCACCGCCUCAUCCACCGGCUCUUCAUCAUCACUUUGCCCCCAGCAGCCGCAGCAUCACCACC